CUUCAUGCGUCCGAGCAGAGAACGAUUCGUCAAACUGACGGCCAUUGGCCUCCUCAACAGUCUGCUGAUUAUGCUCGUCAUUAGUUACGGUGAUUGGGACUACGUGCAACGUUACUACCAUUCGUGGCAACAGCUGCAACAGCAGAACACGAAUAGCAAACGGAAUCCAACUCGAAUCAAAACGAUCCUCUUCUGGAAUGGACCGAGACGAUCUGAGAUGACCAUUUUCGGUACUGGACACGACGCUUUCAUCCAGCACGGAUGCCCAGUUAGCGACUGCGAAAUCGUCAACAGUCCACACCAGUACCCGGACCGUCCUCUCGAAUCUUACGACGCUAUUCUACUCAAUUUCAACGACGAAUUCUGGAUGAACAAACGGCCACAUUUCCAGCGUCGGCCUAAACAGCGACUCGUCUUUUUCACUCAGGAACCACCACCGUCCAUCGAGCCGAUGAACAUUACCGAAUACGACAAUUAUUUCAACUGGACAAUGACCUACCGAAUGGAUUCGGACGUUCUUUUGCUAUACGGAAGGAUCCGACCGAAACCAUCGGCCCCAACGACCAGCGACGAAGUUCAGGUGAGGAUCAGAGAGACUCACGCAAAGCUCAACUGCCAAAGGAUUGAAAUGAACAAUGAAACCACCGACACGACCAAUGCCAUUUGCAAUGAAAAAAACAAGAAAAAGAAGAGUCUUGUGGCCGCCAUGAUUUCUCACUGCACGACAGAUGGACGUCGAGAACAUUACAUUAAGCGAUUGAGGAAGCACGUGAAGGUGGACGUGUACGGCUUUUGCGACGAACACGACCUCGGCUCUGGUCUGCGCUGCCAACCUCACGAACUGUUGACAUCGACGCCCGAAUGUUACGACAUGUUGGAAUCCAAUUACAAAUUCUACCUGUCCUUCGAGAACGCCAUCUGCAGUGAAUACGUAACUGAGAAGUUUUUCAACAUCAUGAGCUUGCGUAAUAUCGUGCCCGUCGUUUACGGCGGUGCCGAUUACGACCAAUUGGCGCCCGAACAUUCGUACAUCGACGCGUUGGAAUUCGAACCGGGUCAGUUGGCCGACUACCUAAAAAUGCUUGACGCUAACGACACGCUGUACAAUGAGUACCUGUGGUGGAAGGAUGAUUACGUUGUCGAGUCCAAUCUCCAAGAUAUGGUCAAUCACGGCUUUUGCGACCUCUGCCAGAAAUUGCACGCUGACCAAGGCCAAAUCAAAUAUUAUCCGAGUUUAUUGCCCAAUUGGCAUCCAGGACGAUGUUUCCGGCCUCAUUACAAAUCCAAGAGCAACAGCAGUAGGAGAAGGCUGGUGAAAAAAUCGCGAGUCGUGGUCGAUUAAAUUGGACCAUGGCACUGCCAACUUAAUUUCUUUUUUCUUCUAUAAUCCCAUCUGG